AGUAAACAGCGCCAGCAGCGAUAGCUUUGUAGAUGAAUGGGGUUAGUUGAAGACGAUUACCUUUUCUUUUUAUUUUUUUAUUUUUAUUUAAAUCGCAGAUGUAUGUUUAGUCUGUAACAAAUCAACAAUGUCUUCAGUUCAGCGUCUGAGAGAGUUCGUCACCGAGCGACUAACUGCUGUUGCUGAAGAGAUAUUCGGCGGCUUUGAAAAAAUUAUCGCCGAGUACGAGGAAGAGAUCGAUCGUCAGCGCAGACUGCUGGAUAUCGUUUGGAAACCAGAAGUAAAGCUACACAGAAUAGAGCUGCCACAGCAACAUGUCUGUAAGGAGGAGGAGGUUCUGGCUGACCAGCAGCUCUGGAACCAGGAGAGGAACUCCAGUUUGGACCAAGAGGACCCAGAGACUCCACAGGUUACAGAGGAACAGGAGGAACUCUGUAGCAGUCAGGAGGGAGAGCAGCUUGGACUGAAGCAGGAGACCGAUCCCUUUAUGUUGACUCCUACUUACCACAGUGAAGCAGAACCAACCAAUGACCAGCAGCUCCUCUCUCACAGCUUUGCUGUAGCUGAGAGCCAGGAUCAGGAAGGAAGCCAGCAAGGAGACUCGGGAUCAGUUAGGAAUGCAGAGCCAAAGCCAAAGAGGAGACGUCACAAAGACACAAGUCACAGUAACAGUGCAGACAACUCUCCUCUGUCAGAGACUCACUCUGAUCAUUGCACAGAUAGAAAGUCUUUAAAGUGUUGUGAAACAUGUAAGAAAAUUUUCAGAUGUAAGAGUGAGCUUUUGGUCCACAUGAGAAUCCACACAGGUGAGAGGCCAUAUGUUUGCAAGACCUGUGGGAAAGGAUUCAAACAGUCAUCAGCUUUGAAUGUUCAUUUAAAAAUCCACACAGGGGAGAAGCUGUAUUCUUGUAAAAGAUGUGGGAAGUGUUGCAGGCAACGGCAGGACUUGUCGAUCCACAUGAGAACCCACACAGGUGAGAGGCCGUAUGUUUGCAAGACCUGUGGGAAAGGAUUCACGACGUCCUCAAAUUUGGAUGCUCAUUUACGAACCCACACAGGUGAGAGGCCAUAUUUUUGCAAGACAUGUGGGAAAGGAUUCAUUCAGUCAUCACAUUUGGAUGCUCAUUUACGAACCCACACAGGUGAGAGGCCACAUGUUUGCAAGACAUGUGGGAAAGGAUUCAAACUGUCAUCACAUUUGGAUGUUCAUUUACGAACCCACACAGGUGAGAGGCCAUAUGUUUGCAAGACAUGUGGGAAAGGAUUCAAACAAUCAUCACGUUUAGAUGUUCAUUUACGAACCCACACUGGGGAGAGGCCAUAUAUUUGCAAGACGUGUGGGAAAGGAUUCAAACUGUCAUCACAUUUGGAUGUUCAUUUACGAACCCACACAGGUGAGAGGCCAUAUGUUUGCAAGAUGCUUUUGACUGACAUGAAGUUACCAAUAACCCCAUACGGAACAAAGUCCGAACCACGUUUCCAAGUGGAACUUCACAGUGUGACAUCCGGCGGAAAUGUAUAUUUAGCCUGUAACAAAUCAACAAUGGCUUCAGUUCAGCGUCUGAGAGAGUUCGUCACCGAGCGACUAACUGCUGCUGCUGAAGAAAUAUUUGGCGGCUUUGAAAAAAUUAUCGUCCAGUACGAAGAAGAGAUCGAUCGUCAGCGCAGACUGCUGGAUAUCGUUUGGAACCCAGAAGUAAAGCUACACAGAAUAGAGCUGCCACAGCAACAUGUCUGUCAGGAGGGGGAGGUUCUGGCUGAUCAGCAGCUCCAGAACCAGGAGAGGAACUCCAGUCUGGACCAAGAGGACCCAGAGCCUCCACAGAUUAAAGAGCAACAGGAGGAACUCUGCAGCAGUCAGGAGGGAGAGCAGCUUGGACUGAAGCAGGAGACCAAUCCCUUUAUGUUGACUCCUACUUACCACAGUGAAGCAGAACCAACCAAUGACCAGCAGCUCCUCUCCCCCAGCUCUGCUGUAGCUGAGAGCCAGGAUCAGGGCGGAAGUCAGCAUGGAGACUCAGGAUCGGCUAGUAAUGCAGAGCCAAAGCCAAAGAGAAGACGUUACAAAGACACAAGUCACAGUAGCAAUGUGGACACCUCUCCCCUGUCAGAGACUCCCUCUCAUCCUCGCACAGAUAGAAAGUCUUUAAAGUGUUGUGAAACAUGUAAGAAAAUUUUCAGAUGUAAGAGUGAGCAUUUGGUCCACAUGAGAAUCCACACAGGGGAGAAGCCGUAUGCUUGCAAAACCUGUCGGAAAGCAUUCACGAGAUCAUCAGAUUUUAAUGCUCAUUUACGAACCCACACAGGUGAGAGGCCGUAUGCUUGCAAGACCUGUGGGAAACGAUUCAAACAGUCAUCACAUUUGGAUGGUCAUUUACGAACCCACACAGAGGAAAAGCCGUAUUCUUGUAAAACAUGUGGGAAGUCUUGCAGGCAACGGCAGGACUUGUUGAUCCACAUGAGAACCCACACAGGUGAGAGGCCGUAUGUUUGCAAGACCUGUUGGAAAGGAUUCAAACGGUCACCACAUCUGGCUAUUCAUUUACGAACCCACACUGGGGAGAGGCCAUAUGUUUGCAAGAGAUGUGGGAAAGGAUUCAAGCAGUCAUCAAAUUUGAAUGUACAUUUACGAACCCACACUGGGGAGAGGCCAUAUGUUUGCAAGAUAUGUGGGAAUGGAUUCAAGCAGUCGUCAAAUUUGGAGGUUCAUUUACGAAACCACACUGGGGAGAGGCCAUAUGUUUGCAAGACGUGUGGGAAAGCAGUCAAGACAUUAUCACAUUUGAAAUAUCAUUUAAGAUCCCACACAGAGCUGCCACAGCAACAUGUCUGUCAGGAGGGGGAGGCUCUGGCUGACCAGCAGCUCUGGAACCAGGAGAGGAACUCCAGUCUGGACAAAGAGGACCCAGAGCCUCUGCAGAUUAACGAGGAACAGGAGGAACUCUGCAGCAGUCGGGGGGGGAAGCAGCUUGGAUUGAAGCAGGAGACCAAUCCCUUUAUGUUGACUCCUACCUAUGAGGAAAGGGAUCAGAGUGAAGCAGAACCAACUAGUGGCCAGCAGCUCCUCUAUCCCAGCUCUGCUGUAGCUGGGAGCCAGGAUUAGGGAGGAAGCCAGCAUGGAGACUCAGGAUCAGCUAGUAAUGCAGAGCCAAAGCCAAAGAGGAGACGUCACAAAGAUCCUCCCACAGAGAGAAAGUCUGUAAUGUGUGACACUUGUGAGAAAACGUUUAGGUAUCAGUCUCGAUUGAAAUACCACGAGAUCACACACUGGUGAGAAGCUGUAUGUUUGCAAGGCCUGUGGGAACAGAUUCAAGUAGUCAUCAACUUUUUAUAGACAUUGAAGAAUCCAUACCUGUUUGGGAAAAGAUGGAUUGAAAGUUGUAUUCUUACAAAACAUGGGAGAGCAAAGGAGAAAACAUGUCAGCGACAAACAUCUCACUGACAUUGAAUGAAAUGAAUGUUUUACUGUCAGAACCUGAGACCACAGAUGAAUUGCUAAAAUACUAGCCAUUUAUUAGGGAUGCGCCCUGCGAUGGAUUGGCGACCUGUCCAGGUGUACCCCGCCUUCGCCCGAUUGCCGACCGGGAUUGG